AUGUCCAAGAGCAAUUGGAUCAAGUAUAUUCCCGCUGUGGAAAGGGCGAGCGAAGAGAUGAUUCUCGCCAUCCUCAAAGACGGCGAGCGAGGACAGAAACCCCUGAAUCCGUUGCCUUACAUGGCCGGAGUCGCCAACAAUCUCAGCUGGCUAAUUGCAUACGGGAAAAGUGUGACCGACAUGGGCGGAAGUUCGUUCUUUCGAGGUUUCUUCGACGCAUCACAGCAAGUCACAUCAAUCCGGUGGUCGACUCACCAGUGGACGGAUUGGGUCCCGCUUCGUCGUCUUUUUCCCAGUGUCCAUGUCACUCGAGCCAUCCAGGCAAAGGAGAAGCGAAAAUACUAUCUUGACAAAUUAUACGAUGCCAUGGUCCAGGAUAUUGAACAAGGUCAAGACGUCCACUGUAUUGGAGCAGAUGUCAUCUUGGACGAGAAGUCCCAAUUGACCAAAGAGGAUGUUCAAAGUGUUUGCGAAGGCAUGAUGCAAGGCGGCAGCGAGACCAUCGCAGCCACUCUUUCGUGUGGACUUGGUGCUCUUGCAACAGCCGAGGGACAGAAGAUCCAGAAGGAGGCAUACGAUGCCAUCUUUGCCGAGUAUGGCUCAGCCAAGGCGGCGUGGGACGCGGCGUUUCGCGAAGAGAAAGUCGAAUACGUGGUCGCCCUGUACAAGGAGAUGAUGCGCCAAUAUGUCGUGGUGCCACAAGGAGCCGGUAGAAUGACAGCCAAAGAUCUGCCCUUCCGUGGUACCGUGCUGCCCAAGGGUAUCCUCAUCUUUAUGAACCUCGAAGGGGCGAAUCAUGAUAAAGAAUGGUACGGCGAAGAUGCAGGGGAGUUCAACCCUAAGCGUUGGCUGACACGGGAGAAUUUGAUCAAUGACAAGGGCAACACUCCUCAUCUCGGCUAUGGAGCAGGGGCAAGAAUGUGUCCUGCGUGGGCCAUCUCGAAUCGAAUUUUAUAUGGUCUGUUGGUGCGUAUCAUCAUCAAUUUUCAGAUCACCCACACGCCAACAGCACCACCAAAUACUCAUCCGACCCAAUUCAACGUAACACCUAGAUCCUCGGUCGCUCGGCCGGGUCCCUGGGGGGCGAUAUUUACCUCCAGGUCGAAAGGGUCGAGCCUCGCCACGCACGAGACCGAUGACAUGCUCGAAGUGGUAGAAUAA